AUGUUCACAAACAUCUUGCUCAAACGCGCCGGUAAUCGAGCUCUCGAUGUCAACCCACCCAACGCCGAUAUUCAUCUGGGACGAUGGGGAAGUGAUUGGGGUUGGGUCGUUUUCUGCGUCAUGGCCGCUUCUACUCUCGGUCUCCUUGUCUGGACGUUCAUCCUGCCCAGAAAGAGGAGAACUUUCCACUAUCUGCUCACCGCCGUACUUGCAAUCUCCACCAUCUCGUGGUAUUCUCAGGCCAGCGACCUCGGUGCCACGCCCAUCACGACACAGUUCCUUCACAACAGCCAACGCGGCGGCGGCUAUGGAGGUUACCCAACGCGCCAGAUCUGGUACAGUCGCUAUGUCGACUGGACGCUCACUACGACUCUUCUUCUGCUCAGCUUGCUACUCAUCACCGGUCUCCCGUUGUCCAUCAUCUUCAUCACCCUCUUCUUCAACAUUCUUAUGAUCGUCUGCGGUCUUUUGGGUGCUCUGACCCGAACCAGAUACAAGUGGGGCUACUUUGCCUUCGCUUGCGCUGCACUCGGCUACGUCUUGUACCACGUCUUUGCUUCGGGUUUGCGCUCGUCUCGAAGACUCGGCUCUAGAUUUGGCCGUGCUUUUCUGGCUGCCUCACUGUUGCUGGCUAUCAUCUGGCCAAUGUACCCCAUCUGUUGGGGUUUGAGCGAAGGUGGAAACGUCAUUGGCGUAAGCGCUGAGUUCCUCUGGUAUGGUCUUCUGGACAUUUUCUCCAAACCUAUCUUUGCCUUCUUGUUUCUCGGUAUGCUGAAAAAGUGCGACUACGGAGCACUUCGUCUGCGAUCCGGUAAACGAUCGGAAGAAGACAGCGAUGUACACGAGCCGAGACGUGAAAACAUGGAGAAGGAUCACGAGCGCAUUGGUUCUCUGCCUGACCACAACGCCGAUGACAGCAACAGGGUAGGUACUCAUCCCGCCAUGCGUGCUUCGGUUGGCACCACGCAACCCGCUGCUGGCGUUCCACACACUCUUGUUACCUGA